ACACUGAGCAAAAGCCCACACACCACAAAAACUCACACAUUAGUCAAUUUUUACUUCAGGCAGAAAUUUGACACACUCUCCCUUAACAAAGAGUAAUCGAAAACCCUAAACCCUUAGAAUUGGGGAAUUCAAAUUGAGCUGAAAUUUUGAGCUUUUUUCAACACUAUGUCUAAUAUAGAAGACGAUGACUCCGACGCUCCUGAGGAAUUUACUUUUCAUCAGGCAUUACAACAAGAUGAAGAGAUUAGGAAAGUUCAGCAGCAAAGUAAAGCCAGGGUUCAGCGUGAACGCAAAGAACGUAGAAAGAAACUAGUUGAAAGGUUAACUCCACGACCGAAGUCAAAGGUUGAAGCAUCUGAUGGUGAAGAUGAAAUGGUUGAAGAUGAAGAGGAGGCUGAUGCAAAUAAACAAUCCCAAGUCAAUACUGGGAUGCUUCCAAAUGACAUUGUAAACUUGCUUGCUGCUCGUGAGAAGCAAGUUUUCUUAUCAGAUUCUGAGGAUGAGAAAGAGGAGAGAAAACCAAAGAAGAAGAAAACCAAAAAAUCAGGGGUGGAAACUGUUAUUCUAAAGGAUCUACCUCCUGCACAUUGCGUGCAGAACUCAUUGGAGUUUUUGAAGGAAAGGAGAACACGGGUACCCAGGUCUACUGCAGUCUUGAACAAUUCUAAACAAGCUCUGCGGCUUCUCUCUUCUUCUGGGUUGCUGAAGUAAAAUUGUUAAGCUUUCUGGCUUUUCAUUGUUGCUUCUUAGCUAAAUGGAGGGUCGUGUAAUAACGUUUUCAUCGAAGAGAUUGGCUUGGAUAAUGACAAAAUGCAUCAAAGGAGUAGCGGAUUCUGCUCUCAAGUCCCACCAAUGAUUUUGUGGUGCGAAUACAAAUCAUAAUUACCACUCGAUUUCCCCUAUUGUAUUUCGUGGCAACUUAACAAAGGCAACAUAGGUGUAAUGAAUGCUUUCUCUUUUAUAUCUAUGGAAAACUUUGAUAAUCGUUUUUGGGUUA